GACUCCGCAUGUACUUACGAUUACUUUUCUAGAGCUAUCCAUCUCAACAGAAUAAUAGGUUAAACAUAAGAUAUGGUCUAUGCUAAUUCACAAGACAGUAUCAGAUAACAAAGGCUUCCAAUUUGAUAAAAGAAUGUGGUCUGACUCAACAAACUUUUAGAGAGGCGGUUAAACCAGAACUUGUUCGGCUGGAUGGGAACCUCCUUCAAGACUUCUUUCUCUGUUGCUGUUUCUGGUUUUUGUUUUGGUUAUUUUAAAUUUAGCAACUAAUACUACUUUUAGAAGACCUGAAUUGCCGUAUAUGUAGUUUCAGUUACUAAAAAAAUAUUAAAAAAAUCAAAAUCAAAACCAAAAACACAUGCGAUACUCAAUGGAGUUACAUUUCUAGUUUUUCAAAAACCCUUUUGGAUGCAAUUUAUUCAGUAAAAGAGAGAGUUUAGUGAUGAAACAAGAUUACGAGAUGGAAGAAACAUGUACCAAAAAAAGGAUAGAAACUCAUUGAAUGUGGAACAAUUCAAGAAAGAUCAAUUAGUUCACCACAAAGUUGCUCCAACUCAGUUUCCAAAAGCCACACUAAAUUUGCUUUGGUACGACGGUACACCCAAGCUUGAGCAUUACAAUCCCAAUCAAAUCUGGAUGGACCACUGCAUAGAAAAAAUUACAUUCCAAACUAGCAAGUUAGAACCCACAAAAAGAUGUUGAAGUACAAAGGACCAAGUUUGCUGUCCUGAUUAAUAAUUCAACAACCCAAAUGGCCAUAAUAGGAAAUUAGGAACAGGGUAAAAGGAACAUGAGCAUGUCUUAAACAAAAGCUGUGUAAGAGAAGCAUCCUUGGCAGCUAGAGUCCCAAUCUCAUAUAAAUCUAUAAACACAUCAUUUUCAGCAUCUAAGAAUUGUAAUUGAAUAGUAAAAGUCAGCCUCUUACAAAGAAUUGGACAAAGGUAAUUUAGGUAUCUAAGCCAAAAAUAAGAAAUAUUUUACUAUAAAAAAGAAAUGCAUAUUUUUCCUAAGUAGUUCCAUAUGGCAUCCGUGCAAGGAAUGGUAAGAAAACUUUCCUUCUCUUCGGAUUCAAAGAUCUCAGACCAGCCUCAACCAUUUGCAAUUUGACUUCUUAUGCCAUAUGUAGAUGUUUACAGAGACAACACAGACUCUGACCUUUUGAUGCCACGAGGGAGUAUAUUACAGUCAGAAGGAACCAGCAAAACUAUAAAGAAUCACAUUUCUGUAUUCCAGCUAGAAUAUUCCAGAUCAAUAUGACUUCAGAAGAUAUAAUAAAACCUACACUUUGCUUUAAUUCAAUUUAAUAGGAUAACUAGCCAUGAAACUGUUGCUACCAUUGGAAAAAUACACGUGCUACAAUCUGUAUUACUUCCAAUCUCAUCAACUUACCACAGAACCAGAAGGUUUCUUGAGUGUAGAGAAACAUAAUUAUUUGCUUCUUCAGAGAGAAAUAGGGGAGGGUAGGCUGUCGUGUGGGAACAAGAGAAUAAGAAUGACCAAAAAAUGGGGACAAAAAUGUUCAUCAUGUUGAUCUUUUAACAAUGGGAAAAAUAUCAAAAAACUACAAACAUAAUCCUCCCAUAACUAGUGGUAGUGAAAAGUGAUAGGAGCACUUUGCAACCAAAAAGCAAAUACUAAAUAUCUGUGAAGUUA